AUGGAAUCUGAUAGUCAAGAAGAGAUUGCAACGUCAACAAACCACUCAAGUAAACGUGAAAAGAAAUCUAAGAAAAAAGUUAAAGUUGAAAAAUCUUCAACUGUCUCUGGCUUCAAAGUUGAUAUCGAAGAAAGUAAAAAAAUUAAGGGUAAAUCCGAAAAGAAAAUUUUUAAUUUAACAAACCCGGCCAGCGAAAAUUCUAUUAGUAAUGGAUCUAGUAAACAAAAUGAUAAAUUGGAAGAAAAGAAAAGAAAGUGGACUGAAGAAGACGAUUUAGAAGAAUUAUUAUCUCCUAUAGUUGUAAUAGAGAGUUUUAAAAAGAAAAAAGGUGAUAUUUUUAAUAAAUCAACUCUUAAUGGAGAUAUCAAGAAGAAAGCCAAUGGGUUACACUACGUCGAUAGCAUUAAAAAGAGCAAAGGAAAGGGUAAAAGUCUGAAAAAAAAAUCCGGGAAAACUUUGUCAAGUAAAGCAAAAAAAAGGAAGUACAUAAACGUUGACGAAGAUAGUGAUGAUACCAGCAGCUUAAGUGACGCAAGCAGCGUGGACAAUGAGGAUGAUGAAACGUUGAUGUCUAAAAUGGUGGCUAGUGUUGUUAUAAAUAAUACAAACAACAAGUAUCAAGAACACCCAACGCUUGCAUCACUUCCUCAAUCAACUAUCGAUGAGUUCUUUAACACAAACGUAAUUCAAGUUGUGGGUGAUUCAGCACUUAAACCAAUUAUGUCGUUUGAACAAUUGAUGGUAGACAAAGAAAUUAAACGUGUUUUGGCAAGAUUUGAUAAACCAACACCAAUCCAGGCUACUUGUUGGCCUCUUUGCUUGAGCGGAAAAGAUGUAAUCGGAAUUGCUGAGACUGGCUCAGGCAAGACUCUAGCUUUUAUUGUGCCCGCAGUUAUACAUAUUAAAAGUCCUCCCUACAGUCCACCUAAUCAUCAGCCUUUCGCUCUUGUCCUUGCACCAACACGCGAACUAGCCAUUCAAACACAUAAACAGUGUGAAAUGUUUGAUUCAACAUGUGGAAUUAAAAGCGUUUGUGUAUAUGGUGGUGUAACCAAAGGUGAACAACGUAAACUAUUGCGAAAAGGUGCUCAUAUAGUGAUUGCUACACCUGGUCGCUUACUUGAUUUUGCUACUGAUGGCGUAUGUGAUAUAAGCAAUGUUAAAUACCUGGUACUCGACGAAGCUGAUCGUAUGCUCGAUACAGGAUUUGAAGAGGAAAUUCGUAAUAUCAUUCUAAAAACACGAAAGGAUCGUCAGACUGUAAUGUUCUCAGCAACAUGGCCCGAUUCUGUUCGUAAAUUGGCUAAUGAUUUCUUAACCAACCCAAUUCGAGUUACGAUUGGCUCACAAACCCUAUCUGCAAAUAAAAAUGUUACCCAAAUAGUGGAAGUAAUUGAUGAUCCAUCGGAAAAAGAUCGUCGACUCGUAACUCUUUUAGAAAAGUAUCAUAACCGAAAAAAUAGAGUUUUGAUAUUUGUUCUUUAUAAAAAGGAAGCUUCACGUGUUGAGAAUAUGUUGGCACGUAAAGGAUAUGAAGCGCAAUCUAUUCAUGGUGACAAAAGUCAAUUUCAACGCAUAGAAGCACUAAAUGCAUUUAGAGAUGGGAUUUAUCCGCUUUUGAUUGCAACUGACGUUGCAUCAAGAGGAUUAGACAUUCCUGAUGUAAAAUAUGUAAUUAAUUACACGUUUCCGCUAACUAUAGAAGAUUAUGUUCAUCGUGUUGGACGAACCGGACGUGCUGGCAAUAAGGGAAUUUCCCAUACUCUCUUCACAUCUUACGAUAAAGUACAUUCAGGAGAACUUAUUAGAAUAUUACGUCAAACCAAUCAACAAAUACCUGACUCGUUACUUCGGUUUGGUACUGGCACUAAAAAGAAGGAACAUAAAGCUUAUGGUGCUUUCUAUAAAGAAAUUGAUCAUAAUGUAAAACCUACGAAAAUCAGAUUUGAGGAUUGA